UGCUGUAGCAUGCUAGCCGAGCUAGCAUAGCCAAGAUGGAGCCACCGCUGAGGCUGGCCGCUGUUGUCGUGUGAUGGACAGACCUGCAUGAAUGGAUGUACUAAAGAGGGCUGCGUUAAACACCGCACAGUUCGACUCGAUACGUUCUAACGGAUUAACACUAGACUUUAAUGUUUGCAUCCACAAAUCAAGAGAUAUUUUAGUUUCGCUUUUGUCACUAUGAAACUUAACCUUAAACGUAGCUCUUUGCUAAGUUAGCUAAUGUUUACUGUUUAAGUUAUGAAACCUUUGCUGCUAAGCGCCACUGAACAAUACACAAAAAACUAUUAGACCAUUGAUAUAGUCAUUUUCAAGGCAGCACACGUAAAGCAGAGUAACUGUUCAUAUACAUGAUAUUUGCAGGAAAGGAAAUAAGCUAAAUGAAAAUGUCUAAAUUAUUAAUUGAAGUUGUAGGGCCCCCUGUCUAUUUUAGUAAAACAUCCAAUUAUCCAAGAUUAUUCAAGAGCGAGACUGGCAUUCAUAAUCUCACUCAAUUUCUUAUUAAAAGUAAAAACAUUUAAUGUUAUAUACUUAUGCUCCCUUUUUAUGUAAUGUUAUAACCAUGUAAAGUACAACAAUAAUGUGCUAUAAGAAAUUGAAUGUCAGUGCUUUUAUUUUGUUGAAUAUAACAGUGUAUUGUAUCAUAUAUCUUCAGUUUCAUGUUUUAUAUAUUAAAAGUCUAAACCAAAUCGGUAGCGUGUGCAUCUGUGAGGCGAUUGUAGGGACUGAAAGUACAAUAUUUAUAAUGUUGUAGAAAAUACUCGUGGUAAACAAGGUAAAAGUAACUUAAAAAUGCAAAUUGGUUUUACUGAACAUUGUAUAAAAUUAAGAUUAUAGCCGUGUCUUUAUCUUUUCCAUCUGCUUCAGAUUGCAUUGUUGCGUAGAAUUUAUAAAAAAUAACAAUUAUUUAAAACUUGUGUCUAUGAGAUCCAACCAAUGUUGUGCACAUGACAAGUGCAAAUCUGUUUAUAUCUUAAUGCUAAUAUAUAAUUUUAGUAUUAUCGUUCUGCCAUUUGGAUGCAAACAUUAAAAGAUGAAAUCGGCUGUCAAGUCUGAUUUCCUGUAGCAGAACAUGACGGCUUGCUGCUGUCAUGUUAUUUAAUAAAAAGCUGAUGCAUCCUGACAAUAGAAUAAAAGUGCAGCCCUUUAGAUUAUCCUUUAACAAAUUGUUAACUCGAUUUGUACUGUCUGAGUUACUUUGUGUUGUGCGUUUGUGGGUGUAUGUGUGAUGACAUUGAUAUCAAAUUCUUCCCAUACAUUUGUUGCAUACAAACUGAACAAUUGUGGCCCCUUUAUUUUAUUCAUUAAGGUUCAGUGUAUCUUUGCCAGCCUACAUCAAUCUGCAAAGGAGUUGCAGAAAAGCCUCAUGUUCAUCGAGCCGUAUGGGCAAGAAAACUGUUCCCAUUUAUACUUUUCUACAGCGGGUUUAAAAUUCUGCAGCUGAGGUCUUGAAGAUGCAGAAGGGUACAGUAUGUGGUGCAGAUCGCAGUGUGUAUAAACCCAUUUUUUCCCUUGGAUUUCUUUUUCUUUGUGUUUUUUUUCUUUUUAAUAUUUGUAAAGGUCUUUGCUGGAAUAUUUGUCUGACAUGUUUACAUUUUACGGUCACAGUCUUAGUAGCAGGCUUUUCUUGUAUAGACCAAUUUCCAACUCGUGUGUAUAUGUAAUAGAAAUGCUACAAAGUCAUGGUAAUCCAAAUGAGUUCUAGGAAACGAAUAUAACAUAUUGUGUCCUUGUUGGCUUCAUCUUUUGUUGCUCCACAUUUAUAGAGUGAACGUUGAGCCUGAUCACAAGUUAAACUGAACAGAGGCUCUAAUAUUUCCACAUUUUUAUCAAGGUGUGGGUAAGGUAAACACAGAGGUGAGGUAAGAACGCAGAACCACAUCUAGUUUCUGCAUUGUCACAUAAGUUAACAUAGUCCACUAGUUCAUUAGCUGCAGGUAAAUAUAAUGUUGCACUAAUAAAAUAUAUUUGAAACUUCCGAUAUCUAAGAAUUGGUUUUCACACGAUUGCAGGUAUAUUGACCAACGUAUGCAGAUUUUGUUUUACUGCAGUAUAGUGAUAUGAACUUAACCAUUGGACACCUCGCACAUGCUACCAAGUAUGUGAGGUCUUUCUCACUGGCGGUUUUCUGGAUUAUUUCAGGCGAUGAGACGAGGCAGAGGGUCAAGUACAGUGACGAGCGAGUCUGCAAAAGUCAUCUUCUCAACUGCUGUCCACAUGACAUCCUCUCCGGAACUCGCAUGGACCUGGGAGAGUGCACGAAGAUCCAUGACCUCGCACUUCGGGCAGAUUAUGAAAUUGCCUCCAAGGACAAAGAUCUGUUCUUUGAGCUAGAUGCGGUGGAUCACCUGGAGUCUUUCAUUGCCGACUGUGACCGGAGGACAGAGCUCGCCAAGAAGCGCCUCGCGGAGACACAAGAGGAGAUCAGUGCUGAGGUGGCAGCGAAGGCAGAGAAGGUUCAUGAGCUGAAUGAGGAAAUAGGAAAGCUCCUGGCCAAGGCUGAGCAGCUUGGAGCCGAGGGAAACGUGGACGAGGCCCAGAAGGUUCUGCAGGAGGUGGAGAAGGUCCGCACCAGGAAGAAGGAUGCAGAGGAGGAGUACAGGAACUCGAUGCCAGCCUCCAGCUUUCAGCAGCAGAAGCUUCGGGUGUGCGAGGUGUGCUCUGCCUACCUGGGUCUCCAUGACAACGACCGUCGCUUGGCAGACCAUUUUGGCGGGAAGCUUCACCUGGGCUUCAUCCAGAUCAGAGAGAAACUGGACCUGCUAAAGAAAACUGUGGUCGACAAACAGGAGCAAAGGAACCAGGAACGCCUGAAGAGACGAGAAGAGAGGGAGAAAGAGGAACAGCUGAAGAAGAGGACCAGAUCACCAAGCCGAGAGCAAAAAAGGUCCCGUUCUCGUGACCGUAAGAAGCGGCGCUCGAGCUCCCCAUCACGAGACAAGCGCCGCUCCCGCUCCAGGGAGAGGAAGAGGCGGCACCGCAGCCGAUCCCGCUCCCGCAGCCGAGGCCACCGCCACAGCCACGAGCAGAGCUCCAGACACAAGUCUUCCAGGGACAGAGAGCGCGUCUCCAGAGACGGGUCCCGGGAGCGAGACAGGAGGGACGGUAUGAACGGCCGGUCGGACUCCCGCCGAGCAGACGACAGGGACAUGGGGGACUUCUGAAGACCCGACUCCAUCCACCACCGACACAGUGUCCUCCUGUCCCCUCUGGUUAAUGUAACCUAGUCUUUGCCUUGACCCCUUUGUUCUCCUGCCUGCCUCCUUUCUUUGCUUUAAGAGUUUAUCGGCCCAGAGUUUCUCUUGUCUAGCAUCCAGAUUUAUCAGAUUGCAUUCGGAUGGCGGGAUUAGCUAUCGAUCCGUAGUGGAGUGUACAUCUGUAACUUGGUGGCUGUCUGUCCAUAUGUCCCGUGUCUUGUUCUAAACUCCAACACCGAUUCCAACGGAUGCAGAAAACAAGAGCUACCUAACUGCGUCAUUCAUAUAUUCGUCAUUCUUUAUUAAGGCGGAUGGUCUUUUGAUACAGAACCAGUCUGUAAAUAUAUUUGGGCCUACUGAUUGUCUUGGUCUGAUCAGCCUCGUCCCAUCCUGAUUUGUUUUGUUGUUUUAAUGUCCCUCUGCUUUGAGUGAAGGUCUUGAAUGUUUGUUCACAUAUUUGUCUCCAGUAUUUGGUCUAAAUUCAAAAUGAAGGGUUUAUAAUUCGUCGUAUUAGCAACAAAUAUAACUCUCAUUGUCCAAAUCAUGUCAUCUUCUAUGCUGCCAGUUGUGAAUGGAAUCUGUUCAGUUGUUUAGCCAGUUGAAGUAACUGCUUGUUUUUAGUUUGUAUUGGUGGCAGUCUCUCUUGUUUCGAAAUUUUCGUUCUAGCUUAAUUUCCUUUUAUUCAAAAUAUCGGGGAUAAUGGAAACUUCCACAUUAGCGUCGGCAUGUGGAGCAGUAGGCUCAUAAAUGACACAUCUUUAAUUCUGUGCUAAAACUGUGUACGCGUCGUGGCUCGAGUCAAACUGAAACGUCGACGUGGUUCAAAACAAAUUCCUUUUGCGUGUAGAUUUAUAUUUCAGUGCAGACAGAUUUGAAUGGAUGCAUUGCUUUACCUAAUGUGUGAAGUCGUAUGUUAUUUUGCUGGAAAUCUUUCUUUAAGUCUCAAUUAAAAACUCUUACCAUUUUA